AUGCGUUCCGUGCCACUAAUUCAGCAGUCGCCAGUCAAUGACCAGAAGAAGCCGAGCAGAAAGAAGACAGAAGCGGAAGCUGAGGCAGUAUUGUAUUGUAUUGUACUAACAGUCGAUUCCAGCAUGGGUACCAUCAUGACGAACAAUAGCGACAAUAAGACCAACACCAAGCAGAUUCGGACGAGCAGUUUGGACGAGUCGUCGUCGCAAGCAGACUUGAAGCACGACGAAUGGGCUUGUACAACUACCGGUACUACUACUAACAACAAUGCGUGUUCCACCAAGAAAUCGUGCGACGAGAGCAGUGGCUACUGCGGUACACUACGAGUGAUUCGUUCCAACAAUCUCAUUUGGAUUGUUCCGCUGCUCGUGUUUGUCGGAUUGGUGGCGAGUGGCGUGACCGUCUCGACGAUGCAUUUUGACAAUCAGCAGUCGACGCAAAUGGUAGAAGCCAUUAGUGUGGCUGCCGAAACGGGACAACGCUUUAGCGACUUUUUGGAUCACUCCAUUACGCCGCUCUUUUCGUUGGGACAGUUUGUCCACGAACUCGAUCUCUUUCGCGACUUACCCGAUGCCAUUGGACCGCACAACCAACCCGGGAGUCUCCCCAUGGCCGAUAACAAUACAUCGAUCAAAUUCCGCAACGUUUCGGGCGUGUGCGACGAUCCGACACUCACCGACCGCUUUCACCGGAUUGCCUCGACCAUCAAGAAGAAUGCCCUUCACAUGCAAGGCGUGCUCGUCAAUCUGCAGCUCGUCCCCGAAGGAGUCGUCUGUCUGCUCCACCCCGAAGUCAAUUACGAAGACUUUCCACCCGGCAAGUUCAUGAACAAUACCGGAGCGAUUGGACACGAUCUCAUUGCCGAUCCGCAACGACGAUUCCAUGCCGAAGAGUCACUCAAAGCGGGUGUCCUCAAAACGGUUGGACCCAUUCCGUUGGUGCAGUGUCAAGGAUGUCAUCCGGUGGUCGAACAGGCGUUCAUUGCACGAUUGCCCAUUGUCAUGGACGGACACGAUAUUGUGGCGCACGAUGGAACUGUCCUCAAGCGACGAUGGGGAUUUGCCGUCGCCCUCAUCAAUUGGGCGGUACUCGUCGAAAAGACGUAUUUGCACGAAGAAUUUGCCGUCCGCGGAUGGGGCUUUCGACUGUCGCGACAAGAUUAUACGUUUGAUUCCGAUUUGGACGAGUAUAUUGUCAAGACGGUGACAUUGGCGGAAACACCCGACUUUGAUUACAUGGCAUCGCAUCCUCAUCAACAUCAAGUCGUCGAGGAACACUUGGAUACCACCGACAGUGAAUGGACGAUCCAAGUUGCGUACAGUUUGGAUGCCUCGCCAGCGUGGCGGAUUGUGUCGUAUAUUGCCAUUGUGACGGUAUCGCUUUUGAUAUCGUUGCUGGCAUCCACGGUGCUGUUUCAAAAACAAGUCCACAGUGAAUUGGUCAAGGCCAAUCUGGUCAGGGCCGAGUUGUCGGCACGAGCCGAACGCGAUUUGAAUGAUUUCAUGAGCCAUGAAAUCAAGAAUCCAUUGGGGGCGGCCAUGGCGGCGGGCAACUUUAUUGCCAGUGCCAUUGAACAGGAACAACUCAAGUUGUUGCAGUUACAAGGAGACAACAAUGCUGAAACACAACAACAACAAGCCAACUUGAAUGAUGAUAGUACUCAUUCCACAGGCAAUGUCUAUCAGACCAUUGCCGAAGAUGUCGGCAUUAUCAAUGCGUCGCUCCACUUUAUCAACAAUCUCGUACGCAGUCUGUUGGAUUUGCAUCGGGCACAGUCCCGACAACUCACGUUGGAACCCGUCGAAACGGAUAUCAAAUGCGACAUUCUAGAACCGGUCGCGGCCAUGUUGCCCAGUCGCGAUUGCAAUUACCGGGUCGAAGUCGUGGUUUCGGAGGAUAUGGACAUUCUCAUGAUGGUGGAUCGACUGCGAUUGCAACAAGUCAUUCUCAAUCUGGGCAGAAACUCGGCCAAGUUUGUUCACGACAAGGGAUUCAUCCGACUCGGUGCCACUCUCCUGCCCGACAAGAGUGUCGAAUUGUCCGUUGAAGAUUCCGGAUCCGGUAUCCCGGAAUCCAAACGACAGAACCUCUUUGCCCGGUUUCAAGAAUCCUUGGAUAGUAUGAAUCAAGGAACCGGGGUCGGUUUGAAUCUGUGCCGGACCCUCGUGGAUCUCAUGGGCGGAGAACUGUAUCUGGACGAGACCUAUCACAGUGGUGUCGAAGGAUGUCCCGGUGCACGGUUUGUCGUGCGUCUUCCCAAUUCGGCAUUCGUGGAACCACCCCUAUUGGAAUGGGAUGACGAAGACGACGAUGUUCCAGAGGAAGUCAGCCCAUCCGCCGCCCUCGAGAUGGACGAAGAAGAGGAUGUCGUACUCGACAUGGAAAUGGGUGUCUCUCGCAAGAGCAUGGGUGCUUCUCAUCAUAAUCAUCAUCAUCAUCAUGGUGGUGGAGGAGAAAGUAUUGGUCGAUCUCAUCAGUCUCACCAUUCACACCACGGCCGAAUCAGAGAUCAACCUGUGGAGCCGGUGCUGCCCGAACACCUCACCAUUCUCGUGGUAGACGACGAGCGCAUUCUUCGCAAGUUGGCUCUGAGAGGAUUUCAUCGAUUGGCACCUGGUUGGACUCUGGAAGAAACAGCCUCUGGCGAAGCCGCCUUGCAAUUGGUGGAAACCAAGCACUACGAUAUGAUUCUUUUGGAUCAGUACUAUGCCAGUACGGAACGACGGUUGACCGGGACGGAAACGGCACGGGCGUUGCGAGCCAAAGGUGUCACAUCUUUGAUUGUUGGUGUGAGUGCCAACGACCUCGAAGAUGCGUUCCUCGGAGCUGGUGCCGACAUGUUUGCCACCAAGCCAUUCGCCACCAGUCAAGCGCAACUCAAACAGUUCAUGGGACGUGCGCUCCAGAAAAUGAACCGGUAG